AUGCUUGCCACCUGGUUUUCUGCGGACCAUAAGGAAACUGAUAUCUCGGUACAGUCUAUUCUUUACGUGACCUCAAUACUGGUGUACAAUAUAUAUUUCCAUCCCCUCAGAAACUACCCUGGCCCGAAAAUAUGGGCGGCUUCGCGUAUCCCGUAUGCUUUAAUGAUUAUCUCGGGCCAUUCCCACAAGCGCGUGCUGCAACUCCAUGAGCAAUAUGGAGAAGUUGUUCGUAUAGCACCUGACGAGCUCGCAUUUAUCAGUCCUGAGGCAUGGCACAACAUUAUGGGCCAUCGAAAGCAAGGCCAAGGCGAGAAUGGAAAAGACCCUUUGUUUUGGGAGCCCCAACCAAACGCCAUCAUCGCAGCUAGCCGCGAGAACCACGGCCGGUUGAGAAGAGUUCUUGCCCAUGGGUUUUCAUCUCAAGCGAUAAUGGACCAACAGCCAUUAGUGAGACGCUACGUAGAUCUUCUCAUCGAACGACUUCGGGAGAGAUGCAAAGAUGGCACUGAACCAGUGGGCAUGGUAUCCUGGUACAACUGGACCACGUUUGAUAUCAUUGGCGAUCUGGUAUUUGGCGAAUCAUUUGGCUGUUUGGAAGGCUCUGACUACCACCCAUGGGUAAAAUUUAUCUUCGAUGCCGUGCGUAUCAACGCCAUUCAGACAAUGUUUCGUCGAUGGACAGUCACUCGGUUUUGCUUGCGGUGGUUCUUGCCCAAGAGUUUGAUGGAGCGCGCUUUCAAGCAUAGGAAAUUAAGUGAGGAGAAGGUUGCACAGCGGCUCGGUCUUGGGCACUCCAGGCCGGACUUUAUGGAAGCUAUGUCUCACCCGAAGGCUGGACUGAGUAUGACAAUGCCAGAAAUCAUAGACAACGCCAAGUUUUUGAUUCUUGCUGGCUCGGAAACUACCGCAACGGCUCUUUCUGGCGCCACUCAUCUCUUGGCAACUCACCCCGAAGUGUUGGCCAAGCUUGAGCAGGAAGUCAGGACAAGCUUCAUUGAUGAAAGUCAGAUUGAUCUCAUAACUGUUCAGCGCCUGGACUACAUGCUGGCUGUUCUCAACGAGGCAAUGCGAUUUUAUCCACCUGUCCCAACUCCGCCUCUGCGUGUUACACAACCUCAAGGUGAUACAAUAUUAGGGCACUACGUCCCUGGAGGGACGUUACUCGGUAUUUGGCAAUGGCCAAUGUACCACAGUCCUAAAAAUUUCACCUUGCCCGAUGCAUUCGCCCCCGAACGCUGGCUCGGUGACCCGCGCUUCGCAGGCGAUCGUAUCCAAGCAUUGCAGCCUUUUUCUGUUGGUCCACGCAACUGUAUUGGUAAAAACCUUGCCUAUGCAGAAAUGCGCAUGAUUCUGGCUAGAAUCAUAUGGAACUUUGAUCUCAGGCUGGUCGAGCCGGAUUUCAACUGGUUUGAUGCAAACAAGACCUACGUGCUCUGGGAAAAACCGGAAUACCACAUGUAUCUAACACCGCGAGACAUGUCCAAAAAAGUUUCAUGA